AUGGAAUUUUGUCUUUGAAAUUAUCACAUAUUGCAACUUUAUAAUAUGUCAUUAAUUAACAUUGUUCUUCAUUCAAUAAUCAAUAGUUAAAACAAUUACUAUAAAUUGAAGGAAGUUUUUUUUAAACAGGAAAUCAGACCCUUGGUUAGACGUGGCAACGUGUCAUGUCUAGCUUGUCUACCCACACAGACAAAUCACAACAAAACAAAGGCUAACAAUGUUGCUUCGUAGAUAUUUCCUCCGAAUGGAAAAGAGUUUCUUCUCGACAGCAAAGACACAAAUUCAACAAAAACCUACUCUAGCAUACGGUGAAAGAGUUGUAUUCCAAGGACCGGCGGCAGAGCCGUGUCUUUCGACAGAGCAAGCCGAACUACCCCAGAUAAGCGAAGGAGAAAUUUUAGGUCAAAUUAAAGCAGCCACCAUAUGUGGCUCAGAUUUACAUACGUUUCUUGGGAAACGGAAUGAGCCUGUUCCAAGGUAUAGUAUUAAUAGAAAUUUGCGGUAUAUAAAUUUAAAAUUUUAUGAUUGUUUAAAAUUAUCAAGUAAAGUACACUUUAUGAGUACAGUAUAAAUAAAUUUGAGACACAUUAUAUUAUAAAUAUAAAUGACAUGUCAAAUAUACAUGCCACCAACAAGAACAAAUAUGAAAUUAUUUCAGCUAAUACAGACGUUUUAUUUAUUAAAUUAGGUUGAUUUAAUGGAUUUUAAAAGCAUGGAUUUUGUUAUAUUCUUGGUAAUCGACGUUCUAAUAUUUGUUACAUUAUAAUCAACGUUCAUUAUUUUCAUUCUAAUCGACGUUCUAAUUGUAUGUUUGCAACUUUUUGGACCGAUGUAUACUUGAUUUGUUUGGACAAAGAAAAGAUAGUUGUCUAAUAUUAAUCAUUUAUCUGUGUAUAAACAUGGCAAACAGACGAAUCAUCCUGUGUAUUAUUAAAGUUUGGUAGUUCGACAAUCAUGCUUGAGGUCUUCGUUUUCUUGUAGUAUAUUGGGCCACGAAGGCGUUAUAGAGGUUAUUGAUCAUGCGUGCGAUAAUUCAAACAUCAACAAAGGAGACAGACUUACUUUUACUAUAGCAGAUUUUUGUCAAAAUUGUGAACGAUGCCACAGUAAUUUACAUCAGAAAUGUCAUUCUUUAUUCAAGGUGAGAGGUUUGGCAUGUGAUUGUCAUGUGAUUUAAUUUGGAAAUGACAUGGGCAAAGCAUGUGAUGUUGUCACAUGGGAUAAUCAGUGUGGUCAAGGUCAAUUAAAUAGGUUUUGAAUGGUUGAUCACAUGAUCAUGACUAUAAUGAUGAUCAUGGUUGUGAUGAUGGUUGUGAUGAUGGUGAUGAUAGUGGUCAUGAUUAUGAUGAUCAACCAUGAUGAUGGUGACUGAUGGUAGUACAAUAGUGAUUAUAAUGAUGGUGAUUAUGAUGGUGAUUGGUGAUGAUAGUCAUGAUGAUGAUAUUGGUCAUGGUCAUUGCUGGUGGUAGUCAUGAUUAUGAUGGUGGUGAUGAUGAAAAUGGUGACAAUGUUUGGUGGUAAUGGCUGUAGUGAUGGUAUCAUGAUGCUUGUGAUAGUGGUCAUGGUGGUGACGAUGAUGAAGAUAAUUAUGAUUGGUGGUGGUGAUGAUGAUGGUGAUUGUAAUGUUAAUGAUAGAAUAACAAAACAAAUAUUAAAAAUUCUUUCCCCAGUAUGGCCACUCGCACAUAUCAGAUGGUACAGGGUGGAACGGCUGUUAUGCGACUCAUAUUGUGUUACGCAAAGGAACGCAUGUUACCAAACUGCCAGAUAAUUUACCCAGUAGAAUUGCAGCACCAUUGAACUGUGCUCUGGCGACAAUGGUGAAUGCUGUUAAUCCUGUGGUGGACUUGAAUUCCUUGGAAAAACAGCGGAAGUUGAAUAGCAAGAAAACAGCUUUGAUUCAGGUGAAUUAAUGUCGAAAGCAUCACGUUUAUUUGACAAAAGCUCGAAUCUUCUAUAAAAGAAUACCAUCCUAUUCUGAUUCAUCAUAUUCUAUUUUCUUCCAUUAUAUUAUAUUCUCAUCCAUUCGCUUUAUCCCAUUCUAUUAUAUUCCAUAAUGUCCCGUUCUGAUAAAGAAACGCAUAUUACCAGCAUGCAUAUUGCAAGUACACUGAUCAACAAGAAAUUGUUUUCAUUGAUGUAGGGUGCUGGCUUGCUAGGUCUCUAUGCAGGCAUACUAUUCAAAGAAGCUGGGUAUAAGGAAAUAUUUUGCUCAGAUAUCCACCAUGAUCGCUUGGACAUGGCAGCAAAAUUCGGGGCUCUGCCAAUAAAACUGGGUAAGGAAUAGUUUUACUGUCUUUAUUUGUCGCAUAUUUUAAAGAGCAGCUUUGAGAUUAUUUAUAAACAUCACCAGUCUUUUGUAGGUAGCGAGGAAGAGUUCUCUUUGAAGAAUGAUUCAUGCGAUGUUGUGCUCGAGGUAAUGGUUUAAAUACGCUGCCCAACAAUUGUGAUAUUACUUUCCUAACGAUGUUUAUCCUAACCCACCCUGUCAACUUUCCUUGUGGGAGGAAACCGGAGAGAACCCACGACUUUCAGCAGAGCGUUGACUGACUCUUCUCUCGUUCUCAAAAGUGAAAGGCGCUUUCACUGACGAAGUCCUAUACCCCCUAACUUCGCAGACAUACACCAUAGUUUUAUUUGUUCUCAGGCAUGCGGUGUUAAAAGUGUAUUCAAUGAGGGGAUGAGAGUGAUCAAACCUGGUGGUACUUACGUUCUCACUGGUAUGGUGCAUCCUGACUCGAAACUUGAUGUCACCGCUGAACAGAUUAUACGAAAAUGUUUAACUAUACAUGGUAAGCGAACAAGCCUAUCUUCACACGAGACGGGACGAAACAACAACAACAACAACGACAACAACGACAACAACAACAACAACAACAACAACAACAACAACAACAACAACAACAACAACAACAACAACAACAACAACAACAACAACAACAACAACAACAACAACAACAACAACAACAACAACAAUAGCAACAAUAGCGACAGCACCAGGAACAACAAGAACCACAACAGCAACAGUAACCACAACGACAACAACAACAACAGCAGCAGCAACAGCAACAACACACAACACACAACAACGACAACAACAACAACAACAACCUACAACACCAACAACAGCAAAUUACUACAACAAACUACAACACCAACAACAGCAAAUUACUACAACAAACUACAACACCAAAACCAACAAUCUACCAUUCUUUCCAUUUUCAAGGCAUCCACAAUUACGGACCAGCCCACCUGGAUCAAGCUGUGAAAUUCUUAAGUGACACAAUCGAUAAAUACCCGUAUGAAGACUUGAUCAGCCCGUCCUACAGUUUACAUCAAAUUAACGAAGCAAUUGAACUCGCAAAAUCACAGAAAUAUUUCCGAGUUUGUAUCGAACCUAGGGAAAAAUCAAACUGAUGGAAUAACAACAGUUGAAAAUUGAGUCAGUUGGUUUAGAACUUUUAGUUAAGUUAUUUAAUAUUAUCGUUAAUUUCAUAUCUACACGUUUUUAUAAAUUAUAUUUAAACUAAUAUUACAUAACCAGGAACAGUUGCGAAAAAUGCAACUAUCGGACCCUCUCACAGGAAUCCAACCUGCGAUUCUGGUGCAUAACCAGCACGUAUAACUCGCAUAUGUUAUACGUGCUGGUGCUCCCCAAUUAGCCAUUCCGAAGUUGAUGAGUGGACUGGGGACGAGUGUUAAAAAGUGCCCAAAUUAAGAAAUGAACCAAAUCACUAAAAAGACCACCUCAACAUUAGUAAGUAUACAAAGUUUGAAGACGUUUACAUGAAUAUCCAUGAAUAAUAAGCUUCGAAAAGCGUGGUAUUUAGGGAAAGUACAUUUAUUAUGCCGAGG